AUGUCGCGUCUGCCCGGAAGGGUGUGUUUCAACAUCCAUUUACUCAGUGGCCGAAGCGAGUUUGUAUCUCUGCCGGAAUCGGGCACUUUUGCUGAUCUGAAAGAAGCGGCACAACGAGUCUUCAAGCUGGGAUUUCUACAGCUCUGCACAGCCGAUGGCUCUUUCUUGGAUCUCAGGAUGAUGGUUCAGGAUGCAGGUCCUGAACUCCGCGAUCUCUAUGCGGCAAGGAUUUCACCGCACCUGGCAGCCACCCAGAACGCCUUUGCAUUGGGUUCACCCAUUGCGGACGCCAUUUUUCACUACAUCAUGUAUGACUUUUCACUGCAGCUCCGGGCAUACCUUGAUGAUGCAGGGCACACAGCGUUUGUACGUUCUCGGCUGCAGAUGGAAGUUGACAUGAUUAUUUGGAGUGAUGACCUUGCUGUUCCCAUUGUCACGGCCACCGCAGCUGAGCUGUUACCUGCAUUGCUCGACAUGCUCACCUUUGUCAAGAGGGAGUUUGCUGCCCGUGGGUUCCGCAUCAAUCUUGCCAAGGGCAAGACUGGCAUUGUGGCUACCUUUUGCGGUACGGGAGCUGCUGACAUUCGACGACUAUUUCAACUCAUCCCACAGCCGGGCAUCAUGCACCAAUUUGAGGAAGGGGACACCCAGUUUGUCCAUAUGACACCUACGUACCGACACCUGGGCACCCUCUACACCUCGGACCAGCAACUCGACGCUGAGAUAGCAUCCCGCAUUGGUAUUGCUGUUUCUGCCUUCGAACAGCUGCGUCGUGGGCUAUUAGCCAACAGACAUCUUCCCCAAAGGUUGCGACUUCAACUUUUUCGAUCCCUUGUCCUGUCCAAGCUCUACUUUGCAGCUGGUACGUGGCAUACGCCGACUGGACGACAAUGUGACCGCCUUCGAGCUGCCCUAGCACGUAUGCUGCGGAAGAUGCUUGGACCCACAAACCGUGGUCUUUCCGGCCCACAGCUUUUGGCUAGCGCUGAUGUUCAAGAACCUCGAGUCCACAUUGCGAUGGAACGUUUGCUGUAUGCGCAGCGAGUGUUCCACCAUGGUCCGGCAUUUUUGCAACUCAUGUUGCACUCAGAAGCUUCACAAUGUCCAUGCUCCUGGCUAGAGGGACUGCGCUAUGAUCUGGCAUGGCUUCAUGGCGUUGAAGCUACAGCCGACCCCAUCCUGAUUGCCACUGAUCUGACUGCCCUUAUUGAUUAUUGGCAGCGUGACCCAGGGCGCUGGAAGCACCGAAUCAGGCGUGCUGGUAUUCGGCAUCUUUUUCAGGAGUGCCUCUAUCAAUGCCCUGAUUGCCCACGCUGGUUUACUACACCCCAAGGAGUGAGUACGCACAGACGAAAGGCACAUGGAGUCUAUUGCCCUGAGCACCACUUAUUGGACUCAGCGACAUGCCCAGCCUGUUUGACAUACCUGUGGAGCACUCAGCGCUUACAGCAACAUUUGGCCUAUAUGCCGAAAGAUGGUUCUCCCAACGCUUGCUUCGCCUACCUGCAGACGAUUGGGUAUGCGGUUACAUAUUCUGCUGAGCAUCUGCCCCAGGCAUUGACUGGGCAAUCCAGACGGGAUGCCUUGCCUGUCGCUGGUCCUCAUGGGUGUGGUUCCACUGCAACUGACCGGCGCCUUGCAGCUCUAGUUUCAGAACGAGAUACACUUGCAGCCGAGUACUUUGAGUACAUGCAACCUGAUUCUGUUCUUGAUGCUGGAGCUCGUCUGGGUGACCUCCUGACCUCAGUCACCCGAAGAUGGUAUCAUGAUUUUGUGCAAGCCUCCUACUGCUUUGAGGAUGUGGAGAGACCGCAAGACAGAUGGAUCGAUGUGAUUUGCAAGCUUCCUUCGGCUUAUGAAUCCUGGACUGCUCGCGUCUUCAUUUUAUGGGGACGCCAUGUUCUCCCAGAUUUGCUUGCAGAGCUCCUUGAUGGGGAAGCUGAAGCUUAUUUGGACAGAGAAUAUGCAGAUCUUGUGAACGACUUCGAUGAGUACCAGAUGGAGGAACGUUUGCGCAAGUUGGACCGCCUAAUUUGGCAGGCCACGCUUCGUCCUGAAGCUCCCGAACCACAUCGGCCAGUCCGACCUCCUCAAGAAAAUGCGAGGCCACGUUCGCUGCCGCAACUUGAGGUAGUGCGUCUCUUUGACAAACAAGAACAAUGGCAACAAGAUCUUGGGCGUGUGAGAUGGGAGGAUAUGCCGCAAGAUCCUUUUGUGCCUCUUGUGCCUGGGUUAGCUCCGCGACCAACGUUUAUCAUUGUCCACCUCUUCGCUGGAAGGCGUCGUGACACCGACUUUCAUGCAUGGUUGGAUCAAUGGGCUGAACGUUGGAAUGUUACCCUGACGAUUUUGUCCUUGGACACGGCAAUUUCGCCGGUCCUGGGCAAUCUUGACUGCAGAUCUGAGACCUGGCAGAAGAUUCAGGAACUUUAUCUUCAAGGACUCGUCGCAGCCACGCUGUCAGGGCACCCUUGCGAGACGUUCUCGUCCGCACGAUGGACGCCACCCCCUGAAGGACACCCUGAGCACAAAUGGCCCAGGCCACUUCGUACUGCUAUGCAGCUCUUUGGCCUGGACCAUCGGACCUUCAGAGAGAUGCGACAGACGCGCAUGGGCACAGCAUUUUUCCUCCAGACGCUCUGGACCUUUGCGUGCCACCUGGCAUAUGGGGGGUUCUUUAUCGAAGAACAUCCUGGAACUCCCCAACAAGCUGUGCAUCCUUCGAUAUGGAAGAGCUCUAUCAUGAAGGUGAUUCGCCAACAUCCUGAUGUGCGAUUCCACGAGAUUGGGCAAUGGGACCACAUCGCCUUCCCAGGGAGCACCGGUGGCGUGGUCACCUGGGGCGCCUCGCAGGGCGGUUUCAGCUCCGAGCAGUUCCGGGCGCUGGGUGCCCCACUGCGUCAGCUGAUGGCCACGCAGAGCGCCUUUGGGGCGCUGGCGGAGAACGGGCGCGUGGUGACGUGGGGCGAGGACAUGGAUGGAGGUGACAGCGAUGACGUCCAGGAUCAACUGGUGGAUGUGCAGCAACUGGCUGCAACCAGCAGGGCCUUCGCAGCGAUCUUGGCUGAUGGCUCGGUAGUCGCAUGGGGGAACCCCAGUUUGGGAGGCGAUGUGAGUAACGUGGCGGAGAGACUGAAGGGCGUGACUCAGAUUGCUGCCUCCAGUGGUGCCUUCGCAGCGAUGGCUGAGGGCGGUGUGGUGACCUGGGGCCGCGCCGGCGACGGCGGGGACAGCAGCGCAGUGGAAAGUCAGCUGAUGACGGUGACGGAAGUGAUCGCUUCGCAGUGUGCCUUUGCUGCAGUAAAGGCUGACGGAACCGUGGUGGCUUGGGGCAAUCCACACCAUGGGGGCAUGAUCCCAGAGGAGCUUCGGGAUACUUUGAUGGGGGUCCAAGACUUGGCUGCUACGGAUUUCGCCUUCGCAGCCAUCUGUGGAGAGCAGAGAUCCGUGGUGACGUGGGGCAGUCCCCAUUAUGGGGGAGACAGCAGUGAAGUUCAGGAUCAACUGAAAGAAGUGCGAGAAAUCAGAUCGAACAAGGGUUCCUUUGUGGCCAUUCUGGCAGAUGGAUCGGUGGUAUCUUGGGGACACAAGGGUCAUGGUGCAGACAGCAGCGAAGUGCGAGAUCAGUUGCAGCAGGUGGAGAAGAUCGCCAGUUCCUCCAACGCCUUCUGUGCUCUUCUCCGAGAUGGCUCGGUGGUUUCUUGGGGCAGAGGUUCUGAAGCUGACACUCGCCUGGUGUCAGGUCAGCUGGUGGGUGUGUUGGAUGUCUGCGCUUCGGCUCAGGCCUUUGCUGCGAUCACUAAGGAGGGCAGAGUGGUCACUUGGGGCCGGCCGGAGUCUGGUGGAGACUGCAGGAGUGUGCAGGAGCAGAUCCGAUAUUUGUAG